CAAAGCAAAUUGGUUUUACUCAUCACUUAAUCGGAAUACAAGUUUAAUCGCCACAGAAUCUUAAAAAUGGCUGAUUACGACUGGACCGACCAUCAUCGGCAGCAGGUGCUGCAAGGACGGCAAAUAUUGGAAAGAACUUCCGCUAGCCUGGCCCGCUCCAAUCAAAUUGCUAUCGAAACCGAACACACUGGUCUUGAGGUCAUUUCGGAGCUGGAAGUGCAGCGAGAAACUCUGCUCCGCAGCCAGCGUCGGCUGGAAAGUGCCAACGAAGAUUUAAGCAAAUCUGGUGCCAUACUGCGCGCCAUGAAGAGGAACGUCCUGUACAAUAAGCUCAUUCUAAUCCUCAUAAUCGUGAUGGAAGUUGUGAUUCUGGGCGGAAUUAUCGCGCUGAAAUUCUUGUAAUGGUCGGGACAUGCUUCCGGCAGCAACUAAAACGAUGCCAAAGUGCAAUCCAAUAAUGCCUUCUCGUGACGGAAUGCGAUUGUUCGUCAAUGCGUGAUAUGUUUUCCCAUUCCGCUGUAAAGAUCAAAGCUAGAUUCGCGU